AUGAUUGAAGCCCCAACUCCGUCUGAAACGUGUGCGUCCUCCUCAUCAAAGAGCAGUGUGUCCAUCCAGCUGCUCGUGCUGCAUGCGGCCUGUGUCCGGAGAUCUCCCGGAUCAGACAUGUUCCUUGCUUUUGUCUACACGCUCAUUUCAUUGCAUCCGUUUUUUCACCGCUCGUCUGCGGCGGUUCCUCCACCAGAUCAGGAGGAUUCACCGUGGUUCAUGGGCUGCGUCAACGCCAGCAGCAGACUUUCUGCACCCAAAGGUGCCCGUGGUCUUGACCCGGUGACCUGCUCCGUGCGCUGCCUGGAUGAAGGGUACCAGGUUGCAGCAUUGACCUCAGAGGCUUGUUACUGUGGCAACCGGCAACAUGGUUUGGUGGCCUGUGAGUGUUUCAGCACGUCUUCCAAUGGAGGGACAAAGGAUGUCAGAGGAGAAAGACAAAGUGUCCUCUACUUGCCUAUUGGAGGUGGACAAGGAAGUGUGGCACUCUACAAAACUGAAGGGCCAUUUCUGCACAGCGUCCGUCUGUCUACGUCUCCAGACAGAGUGCAGGCUGGGAAGACUUUUGUUGUGGAAGUUUCUGGAAACCUGGCUGGACGUCCCAACCAGCCCACAGGGAUUCUGGGUCUGGGAGGGAAGGACCUCUCUUACGUCGAUGUUGAGUUUCAGGAAACGAGCCCUAAAGGUCAAAGUUCACAACGUGUCAACGUGUUGGACGAUGGCUCCUUUCUUGUGUCAUCUGAUUUAAUUUUGGAAACUCCAGGAAAAUAUGAACUCAACGUCAGCGUCUCCAACCCCCUCUCCACACUCUCCUCCACCCUCCACCUCUCCGUCAUGCAGCCCUCUGCACACAGCUUGGUGCUCUCUGUGCUUCAUGGCCCCCUGGCUGUCCCCUCCUGCAUCUCUUCCCCACAGACGUACUCCAACAGUGUGACUGUGGAGACAGCAUACCUGGACCACCCUGUCACACUGCAGGCAUACAUGCGUGAUGGUCUGGCAGUAGAGUUCUUUUGGUGGUUUACUGCCAAGGAAAAAGACAAAAACAUGGAGGGCGUAAAGACAACUUGCCUUCCCAACACAGACUGUCUGAACAGCACUGUGCUGACUUCCGGAGAGGAGGUUUCUGUGGAUGUGCUGCUGUUCACCACCAUGAAGCACCUACUUGUCCUCAACCUCACACUAAACGCUGAGUCUGGAAGCACUGACAUGAAGGACAAUGACAGUAAAAACAUCAGUGACAGCAUUAAAAUUACUCUCCAAGAAAACAGCAAUAAUCACAACCGUGGCAACAGCGGCUAUGAUCAGAGUCUCAUUCAAAACCACAAUAAUAUCUAUUGUCAUGGUGGCAAUCAAAGCUUAGAUACGUACCACUUCGUCCCUCUUCAUCUCCUCCGUGCCUCCAACAGCUCCAGCUGCCAUUUGCACCUCCAGCUUCACUGCCGCCUCCCCUCCGCCGCAGGACAGUAUUGGCUCAUGGCGUCUCUUCUCUCCACCUCUGACCCUUCGUCAGUGCUGCUCUCCGCCGUCCUGCCUCAAGCCUUGAUGGUGUACGAGCAUAUAUGGGCCCUGAGGCCUUCUGGGAGUUGGAAGUCAGCAGUUUUAACACACGCAGAAUUCAGCCUGGAGGUUGUCAGCCCUGCCAGCCGCAUGGGGUCGAGAGUUAUUUGGACUAUCAGUUUGGAUAAUGUUACUGCGAUGAACAGGACAACUGAAGAGUGGAACGUAGAUGUGUCUCUUUCAAUAGCAGGCCGUUACACAGUGACAGUUAGGGCCUUUAACCCGAUCAGCCGGGCCUCGUUCUGCACACACAUCCUCGUUCAAGAGCCAGUUGGAGAGUUGGUUUUGAAUGUUCCAAGUGUGAUCACAACACAUCAAAAACACUCUGUUUUAUUUAGCGUCACAGCAGGGUCAAAUGUGACUGUGUCUCUGCUGGUGAAUGCAACAUUGGUGUACAAAAACAGCAGCUACGCUACAGGAGAGGAGGCAACGGCGGUUUUGCUUUUCAACCACACCGGGACAGUUGUGGUAGAGCUUCGAGCUGAGAAUCAAGUGUCUUCUCAGAACAAAAGCGUGAGAGUUUGUGUUGAGAGGAACAGGAAGGAGCCACCACACAUUAGAAUUCAUCAAACGUGGCAACCACCCACCAGUCAAAGUCCUGUUCGCUACCUGGCAGACAAUGUGCGGAUUCAUUCAGCAAAGCAAGCUUAUCCCACAAAUACCGACGUGACUUUCCUGGCUGUGGCUGAAGUACCAGACCCUGUGGAGUUCCUCUGGCACUUUGGAGACUCGAGAUCAGACAGAACCACCUCAAAGACCGUCACCAAAAGAUACAACCAACCCGGCAGGUAUGAUGUAGUUGUAGUCGUGUUAAGUGGCCAGACCUCCCUUACCUCCGAUGUGUUCCCGCUGGUAGUCCAGAGAGCAGUGAAGCUCAACAGGCUGCUCCACCAGGCUUCUGUCCUGCAGAACCAAACGGUGACGGUGAGCUGCCGGGUCAACGUGGGGACUGACGUCUCCUUCCUGUGGAGCUUUGGAGACGGAUCAUCCAAGCUGGGACAGAGCACAGAGCAGCACGUCUUCCGCACGACAGGAGAGUUCAGAGUGGAAGUAACUGUGUCUAACCUGGUCAGUUCUGCCUCUCUAAGUGGUCACAUCUUUGUUGUGGACUGGCCUUGUCAGCCUCCACCAGUGAAAAACAUGGGGCCUCUCAAACUUCAGGUGCGGAGAUAUGAGGUUGUCCAUCUGGGGGUAACCUAUGAGUCGGAAGUUGACUGUGACAUUUCAGGAGGCCUUCACUACACCUGGACCUUGUUUGACUCUGCAGGACGGGUCUUCCCUUUGCCUUUUAUAGACACACAUAGACAGAGCCUCAUACUGCCCAGCCAUCUCCUACACUAUGACACCUACACUGCCAUAGCUAGGGCUCAGGUCAUUGGCAGUGUGGUGUACAGUAACUACAGUGUGAGGGUGCAGGUGAUACCGAGCCCUCCUGUGGCCUUCAUCCAGGGCGGCACCAACAUCUUCAUUACCAAGAGGAACACCACUGUGGUAACCCUGGACGGGCAGAGAUCUUAUGACCUAGACUUCCCCAUGAACCCAGUCAGGUACAGAAACAGUGUAAUGCAUGCAUGAAACCAUAUAAGGUUUUUAUAUUCUGGAAAGAUUUGACUCAAAUAUACAAUUAAUUUUAAUCUUUUUCAUCCGUUACUUAUUUUAGCAGCCUACACAGCCACUUGCUUGCCCUGACCUGCAAAGUUCUAAAACACCUUAGCUUUCCGCUCUACCAUCCACAGCGGUGAGCGUUCAGCUUCAACAGAGACCUUCGUUACAUUAACAUCAAACGUGAUCGGGAAGGUGUCAGUUCACUGCCCUCAGUGCCAGGGAGACCAGCUGAACUGGGAUCAGUCUUUCUCUGUCAGCGCCUUGUGUGAAGGCUGUAAUAUUUCUCCAAAGUACAUCCAGUACACAUGGAGUCUGUACUCGGUCAAUGCGUCGUCCAAGCCUGUCAUAGAAGUCCCGUUUUGUUCCAAAGUUGAUCUCAGUGCUCCGUCCACCAUCAUGGAGAGUCCUGCCUCUUCCCCUCAGACUCCUGCGACUUCCACUCUACAUCAGCCUGCUACAGAUGCUUCACAGUACACCCAUUCUGCCAAUAUCUCUACUUCUGUCUAUCCUAUUGAGAAUGCCUCUGAAAAACUCGAGCCCUCACCUGUCUCUUCUCUAGCCAACAUAGGAACAGCAGGAUCAGGAGAGGAGCCCUUUUAUCACCGUCUGGGAGAGUUUCACCCGCCAAAGCCUUUGUACUCCUCCACUGAAUACCCACCACUUGCCUUUGACAACAGUGGCGUCCUAGAUUCAGACCACUUUUACCAGAGAGACGUUAUCAGUGAAUUCCCAAUAGAUUCUGACUCCUCUGCUGACUGGGAGUUUUCUUUUCCUGUGGAGAGUGAUGACUUGGGAUAUCGACUAGAUUCAGAUUAUGAUGUUCCCUUGAUGAGUGCAGAGGAAGGAGACCCAGGGAUUUCUGCAGGAAGACCCACAGGUGUGGAUGGUGAGAGCUUCAGUCCAGGAGAUGAUUCAGUGUUUGAUCCGGCAUUAUAUGAAGAUGAGGGGAGUAAUCUAGUACAUUCCAGGCCAUCUGUUGUGAUCCAGGAGCCAAUCCUGCUUGAUUUACUUCGAGACCCCAUUGACAGAGGCCUUUUUGAGGCCUACACUUAUACAGGUAUUUCCUCCCCUUUAAUCAGCUUCCGACCGUUCAGUCUGCGGUCUGGGAGCAGAUACAUGUUGGAGGUCACUGCCAAAUCUCCUAAUAGUUUCCUGGGCCGGACUCAGCUAUUCUUAAAAACCAAACCUGCUCCUAAAGGCAUGACGUGCCAGGUCCAACCAGUCAAAGGAAUGGAGUUAUAUACACACUUCAGUAUCUUCUGCACCUCGGGGAAAGAGGACUUAUUGUAUGAGUACAGCAUCAGUGUAGGAGACGGACCUCCCAGGAUGCUGUAUCAGGGGCGAGACUUCCAGUACUAUUUCAGCCUUCCUUCUGGUGACCCCAAUGAUGACCAUAAAGUAACUAUUUACACAGAGAUCAGAAGCAGCACGUAUCGGACGGCCACUAAACCCUGUCCUGUUACUGUUGGAGUCCAACCAAGCUUCUUCAGAGAUACCUCAUCUUCUUCCCAUCUUGAUCCUGAUCUGGAGCUUUCAGAGUCAGGUCUGAGGAACCUGUCAGCUUUAGUGCUUCUUGGAAACAGUGUUGAGAUUCGUUACUACGUCAGUCUCCUUUCCAGCAUCCUGAACAGACUCAGCCUGGACACCGAGGCCAACACACACGCACAGAGACGCACACGCAGUGUGCUCAUUAGCACAUUGUGUGAGCUUGAGAGCAGUGGGCAGGCAUCAAUGGUGGACAACAUCUGCAUUCUCAAAAACCUUUUACAAGUUUCAAGUCAGGUGACUUUAGCGAGUGCAAGACGAGUGACAGUUCACGUUCAGGUCAUCUCAAAGCAGUUCUCGGAGUUCAGUGCUCCAGUCCGCUACUAUCUGGAGAAGAAGAUACUCAACACCCUGUUAGCCCUGCUCUCAUACAGCCUGCAAGCUGCUGUCACUAGUAAUGACGUCACAGCCGAAAUGUUUACCAGUGCUGACAUUACACUGACGUUAGAAUCAGACUCACACGAUGAAAUACAAGACUCACCCAGCGGUGUUUACAUGAAACAAGGAGAAUCGAUUUCAACAAAGCAUGCGGUGCAGCUUGUUGCUGAAAUUUUGCAGACAGCUUCAGACCUGAUGCUGAAGUACAUCUUGUUCCACAAGGUUGAAGAGCACAGAGUCAGCACCGGUCUUAUCGCCUUAUACGCCACAUACCAAAACCAAACCUCCCCAGUCAUCAGCAGUGGCUCAACCACCUUCUACAUGCCUGCCGCCCUGAUCCAGCUUCUGUUUCUUCAUCACAGUAGAGAGACUGAGAGCAGACCGCAUCAACCAUGUGUGCUCAGCAUGUUGACUGAGCUCACCCACAGCCCUUACACCUGGGCCCACUAUCCUGGAAGGCUGAGUGGACCAGUGGUUGACCUGAGUCUGUACAAGUGCAGCACGAGGAGAAAGAUCCCAGUUCGCUCCCUCAUUCAGCCAAUAACCAUCGAGCUGCAACAACCAUCAAGAAAGAAGAGCUCUGUGGAUGAGUACAUCCUCCUGCGCAGCCAGGUCAACUACCACAGCUUCAACAUUACCCAGGAGGACUUGCAACAGGCCAUCCAGCUGAGUGUGGUGUUCACCCCACCGCUCAACAAGGCGUUUCCCAUCAUGCUGCUCUUCAGGAUGUUUGAGAGGCCGACUCCCAACAUGCACCAUCUGCAUAGUAUCCACCAAUGGGAGAGCAACAUCACACGCUUGACUAUGCCCCCAUCCUACCUCAGUGCUGCAGGGCUUGGUCACCUGGCCCUGCUGAAUGCUGAUUUUGGGAAAGGACCUUGGCACAAGCCCCUUAGUGAACAGGUCAGCUACAGUCUGACAGUGGAGAGCAGCCUGUGUUUGUCCUGGGACGGCCACCAGGGGGCCUGGACUCACCACGGCUGCAGGACACAGCAAGCAGACACAACUACUGCAGUCAACUGCAGUUGUCACCAGUUGAGGCCACUGACUGUGGUGCAGCAGCAGAUCCAGAGCAGCCAUGACACUACCGAUCUGGACCCGUUCCUAAGCGUGUCUGGUGAUCUGACAGUGCUGGGUGUGCUGGUGCUGUGUGUGUGCCUGUACAUCCCAGGGUUGGUGGUGUGUAAGCGAGCUGAUGUCGUCUCUGAGGUGAAUCAGAGAGUCCACUACCUUUCUGACAACUCUCCGUGUGACCCAUAUCUCUAUGCUGUUACAAUCCACACUGGUCUCUGCUCUGCAGCUUGUAUGAGUGCAAAAGUUUACAUGGUGCUGCAUGGUGAUGAUGGGCUCUCGCACACAAGAGAACUACAAGUCCCAGGAUCUACUCUGUUCAGGAGGAACUCUAAAGAUACCUUUAUAUUCAGUGCCGCAGACAGCCUGGGCCCAGUGUGGGGGGUUCACAUCUGGCAUGACAACUCUGGACCCUCCCCGAACUGGUACCUCAAACAAGUGGAGGUAUCCGAGGUGAGCAGAGGGCAUGUGAAGGGACGUGCUUGGCUCUUUGUUGCUCGGUGCUGGUUGGCUGUGAACAAAGGUGAUGGCCGGGUGGAGAGAACGCUGCAAGUUUGCACUAAGGGAAUAGGCUUUGCUAAGAUGUUGUGUCUCAAGCUAUCCGACUACUUGGCCGACCACCACGUCUGGUUGUCUGUGUACAGCUGCCCCUGCCCUAACUCGUUCACACGCACUCAAAGACUUGGCGUGAGCCUGCUGCUACUGCUGGGAUACGCAUGUGUCAACACAGUAAUCAUAUCACAAAUGAAUAAUCCGUUACUAUUGGACUUGGGCAUUAUAGAUGUAUCAGCUGUUUCUGUGACAACAGGACUAUUAAGUGUGGUGGCAGCAUUGCCAGCAGCAGCAGUUAUAUCCUUCCUGUUCCGACUGCGUGAGGUCAGGCUGACGGGGUCAGGAGUCCAACACGCGAAGGGCAGAAAGACUGAAAAGGACUUUUUUGAAGAUGCCCUUUCAGUGAAUGGCAGUAUAUUUGAGCCCCAUCUCUCUUGGAACAGUCUCCAGCAGUGGGCACAGGAAGCCUGGAGGAAGAAAAACCAGGGCACAGACCUGCUGUCAGUGUCCUCUACGAUUCUGGAGAAUAAAAACACAGAUAAAGAACCUGAUGUGAUCAUAAGAAAGGAGGAAGCUCUAGCAGUUGAGAACAACAUGGGACCGACGCUUAAAAACGUGUUGCUGAUUACUGAGGGGAACAAUGUUGAUGAAGCACCUCAGGGAAAAGAGUUUGAUCUUAUAAGUGAAAGCAGCCGGUUUCAUGGAACCCAGAGUGCUCCUUUGUCCGGUACGAGGGAUGGAGGUCAGGCUAUUCAGAAGGAGAAAGAUCUUCAAGGAAAGUGUUCUUUAGACUGCAGCUUUGAGGAAGACGGCCAUCACCAGGCUGCUGGUCACAGCAUAUAUUACCUCAUCGCCAUGCUGAAAGGGAGAGGAUUCAGACCAGUGUCUCUGUGGUGUCACUAUCUGGCCUGGUCGUUGUGUCUGCUGUUGUCUGUCUCCAGUCUGCUGCUUUCUGCAGUGCUGGGAAUGAGUUUCAGCAGCAGCGAGGCUCUGCUAUGGAUACACUCUCUCUUUUUCUCCCUGAUGUUUUGCAUCUUCCUCAUCCAGCCAGCUGUGAUAAUUACAAUGGCGGUGACUGUUUCCUUUUGGUACAGGAAAAGAUCAGACUUUCAUACUUUCUUCAGUAUAAGAGAGUUUGAGAUAGAGACGUCAAAACUGCAGAGCCACCAUGGUGCUAAGCCGACAGAAGAGCAGUUUGGGACAUCUGCCUUUCCUCAGGAAAGAUGCUCAUACCUUGAAAAGCUGCUUGGAGCUCGUCAGCGUGCCCGGUACCUCCGUUUUGUGCGGCCGCCGACUCCAGCAGAGCUGAGGAAAACCCGCAGAAAGAAAAGAAGAGAGACACUUAUCCAUAACACUCUCAGGGAUUUGUCUGUCUAUGGCUCCAUGCUCAUCCUGAUGCUGUGUAUAAAUCAUGGCAGCUCAUUCACUGACCAUUACCACCUCAAUAAAGCUGUCAGAAAACAGUUUAUAAGGGGCCAUGAUAAUGCAUUUAUGUCCAUACAAAAGCAUGAACACUGGUGGAAGUGGGCACAGACCGGUCUUCUUAAUUUACUGUACAAGAAUUCAUCAGUCGCAACUGAGCAGUCACACAUUUUGAUUGGAGAUCCAAUCCUGUGGAAGACAGAGGUGUCCAGCUCAGUUCAGGGCAAGGUCUCUAGUGGGACUCCUGUGCCAGAAUGUCUUCGCUUGUUCAUGUCUGGCAGCAGAACAUCCACUCACCCACAAUCUAAAGACUUAGUUCCUAUUGCAACGCCUCCAAGGACAUGUGGUCACCUAGGCUGCUACUUUGGACCAAGUGCUACACUUGGCUUGGGCCACAUGAAGUCUGGCGCAGCGUCCAGACUAAAGCUCCUGCAUGCAGCGGGCUGGCUGGGCAGACAGACGGUGGCCAUCCACUUCACCUUGUUCAGCCCUGCGCCCAACCUGUUCACCAGUGUGACCAUGCUCGCUGAGCAGAGCCCCACCGGUGUCCUGCUGCCCUCUGCCAAAGUCCAGUCAGUUAGGGUGUAUCACACUCCUACUGUAAGGGACUAUGUUGUCAUGUUGUGCCAGCUCCUCUUCCUUCUUUUGUCUCUGCUUCAACUCUGGGGUCAAGUGUACGCUAUAGGGCAGCAAGGGCUGACAGGAUACUUGAGGACACCCUGCAACUGGCUGGAAGUCAUUUUGCUGAUUGUAUCUUUAAUGUACUAUGUUUAUUAUAUCUAUCACUCCGUUAUUAUCGUGGAGGUUGUGCAGCAGCUGCAGAAACACAACUACAGAGGACAUGUGGAUGUCAGCCUCCUGGCUACCUGGGAACAAUGUAUUCGUACUCUGCGUGGCGUUACACUCUUCCUUCUCACCAUGAAGUGUGUGACUGUGUUGAGGGUGAACAGGACCUUGGCCACCUCUGCUACACUCAUCACCCGAUCACUCUCCAGCCUUUUCUGGCCAACGGUUUCAGGUCUUAUGCUGAUGGUGGCGCUGUCCUGUGUGGGGAAUCUCCUGUUCGCACAAAGCUCCUGGACCUUCAGCUCACUGUCUCGCUCCCUACAGACCCUGCUCUGUCACUGCUGGGGUCUCAGGGCCACGAGGGGCCUCCUCUUCUCUGGGCGGGAUUCUCUUUACCGUGGAGUUCUCUAUCUGUCCUCUGUGGUGUGGACAGCAGUGGUGAUAGGUGUGGUGUCCUCAUUGGUCAGAAGUACUUAUUACUUUGAGGAGUUUGAAAGCUUAGUAGAUGAACUAUUGUUCAGACUUAACACCCUCUCAAACAGUCUGCACCACACUCUGACCCCAAAUGCCCAUCGCUACAGGGAGGACAGUCCUGUCAUCUCACCCAUGAUACAGGAGCCCUCCAACAUGGACGCACAGGACUUUGUAAGAACACAAAUGACAGAAGAGACAAAGGUGAAUGAUCUCACAGAUGUCAGUGGCCAUGAAGAAACCCUUCCUGCAUCUCACCUGCUUGGGUCCAAGCUUGGACUGGAGACACUGCAGUUCCUGAAGCAGAGAGGCCAAAGCGGUGACCAUUCCCCCUCAGGCAUUGUAGUGGCAUCGGAUAAAUUGCAACAACCUGGAACAAGAGCUGAAAAAACCCCAAAAGAUCGAGAGCUCCCGAUUUAUUUAAAGGCACAGGACUACCUGCCCCUCCCAGAGUCUGCAUCACUCAUCAGGGUUUGGACAGAAGAUGUUCUGGACAAGCAAGUUGACCAGUGGACUAAAACAAAUGACAGUUGCUGCUUAAGUAAAACGCAGGCUACACAUACAAAGGUGGUGGUGGAAGUUCUGAUCCAUGAGAAUCCUGGGAGUGUAGAGCCAGAUGAACAAUAGGAUCCUUAUGGAGAGAACAGUUGUGGCUGGGAUACUGCAAGCAUUUCAAACACAAGAUCUGCAGUCUGUAUUUUCUAUUCUAUUAAGAUAUACUGUAUUUUACUGUAUGUGCAGCAUCUUAUUUCAUCUCUGUUUUUUUGCAAAUAAUAUUACCAGGAUCGCAUAACCAUUUGAAAUAAGUUUUCUAAGAGUUUUUGAUACAUAGUAUUUGCA